AUGGAACAACUAGUUGUUGAUAUGCUCAAGGAAAGUGUGAUUCGCGUAAGCACUAGUCCUUUCUCUUCUCCAGUGUUGUUGGUCCAUAAUAAAGAUGGCACAUGGUGGUUUUGUGUCGACUAUCGAGCAUUGAAUGCACUGACCAUCCGUGAUCGUUUUCCAAUCCCUACCAUAGAUGAAUUAUUUGAUGAGUUAUUUGGGGCACAAGUUUUCUCCAAACUGGACCUGCUUUUUGGGUAUCACCAAAUAAGAGUUAAGCCUGACGAUGUGGCUAAGACCACAUUUUGCACUCAUGAAGGUCAUUACGAGUUCCUCGUCAUGCCCUUUGGACUUACUAACGCCCCCUCUACAUUCCAGGCGAUAAUGAAUGACAUUUUCAGACCAUAUUUACGAUGCUUUGCCUUAGUAUUUUUCAAUGAUAUAUUGGUCUAUAGUCCAAAUUGGAAGGCACAUCUCGAGCAUUUGGAACUUGUUCUGUCCUUGCUUAGAAAGCAUCAGUUGGUCCAAAAGAUUUGUGUGCCUAUUUGGUUAGCCGUCGAUAGAUUAUUUGGGGCCUAUCAUUUCUACUCAAGGGUUGUCUGUGGAUCCUACCAAGAUUGCUACAAUUCAACAAUGGCCUCCCCUCGCUCGAUAAAAGAUGUUCGUAGUUGUUUACUCGAAAAAUCGGGAAACGUUGAAUUUAGGUGUGGUUCUAAGGAUACGUGA